GUAAAUUAAAUUUAUUAAAUAAUACUUUAAUGCCUAAACCUUUUCCCCUGAGUGGAAUGCUUGUUACUUUACCUUCGAAUGAGGCGUAUAGUAAAAUCAAUCCUGAUGAAGUAUUGGAAUAUGCGUUUAGACCUGCUGAUUUUAGAAUAUUGUAUGAUGAAAAAAAUAUUAGAAACAUUUCUAUUUUAUGGUCUCAAGCUGCUGCUUUGAUUGGAAAGAAAAAAACUGGGAGGAAUAAAGCCGUGGCAGCGGUUGGUCGUUGGAUUAAA